AUGUAUGAAAAAGUUAAAGUAGCAGUACGUUUACGUCCUUUAUUAGAUGAAGAAUUACUAAAUAAGGAUAAAUCUAUUUGUGUAGAUUCUAUUGAUCCUUCAAAAAAAUCAAUUAUAAGUAUUUUUUUUAUCUUAUUCAUUAAUCAGUUAAGAAAGACUUUGAAAAAAGACAAUUUAACUUUGAUACUGUAUUUGAUCCUAAAGUUACUUAAAGUUAAAUUUACAAUGAAAUAGCUAGAAAUAUUGUUACUGUAUUAAAAUCGAUUGAAAUUAUAGAGUGUGAUUAAAGGAUUUAAUGGAACUAUAUUUUGUUAUGGUUAAACAGGAACAGGUAAAACAUAUACUAUAAUGGGUAAAAUUGAUACAGAAGAAAAAGGAAUAACUCCACGAACAUUUGAAUAAAUAUUUCAUGAAAUUUAACUUGAUGAUGAUUAUACUUAUACUGUAUAAAUGGGAUAUUUAUAGAUAUACAUGGAAAUGGUAUAGAUCAAUAUCUAUUUUUAAUUGCAUAGUUGUUAGAUUUAAUAAGACCUGAUAAUACUGAAGUUAAAAUUAGAGAAUCAUUAGAUCAUGGAGUAUUCAUAUCUGGUUUGGAAUGGCUUAAAGUAGUAUCACCAUAAGAAUGUUUAAAAAUUAUUAAUUUAGCAGAGAAAAAUAAAGUUGUUGCUUUUACUAAUCUAAAUGCUCAUUCCUCAAGAUCUCAUUCUAUAUUAAUUAUUAAAUUAGAAAAGAAAUCUUAAAGAUAACAUUCUAAAUCAAUAAGUAAUUUUUAAAAAUCUCAUAAAUAAAAAACUAAUCUUUCUUAAGAUAUUUCAAUUGAUUAGUUAGAUAAUAAUAAUAAUAAUAAUAAUUGUGGUACUUUAUAUUUAGUAGAUUUGGCUGGUAGUGAAAGAAUCAAAAAAUCUAAAGCUUCAGGAGAUAGAUUAAAUGAAGCUCGAUCAAUAAAUAGUUCAUUAACAGCUUUAGGAAAAUGUAUUCAUGCUUUAACAGAUCCAAAAAAUACAUUCGUUCCAUUUAGAGAUUCCAAAUUAACUAGAAUAUUAUAAGAAGCAUUAGGUGGAAAUUGUAAAACUGCUUUAAUUGUAAAUAUUGGACCAGCAGGAAAACAUGUUGAUGAAACUAUGUCCAGUCUUACUUUUGGUAUGAGAGCUAUGAAAAUAACAAAUAAUCUAAAAAUUAAUUAAACAGUUGAUUUUGAAGUAUAUUUGAUACUCAAUUAUCUAUUAGUAACUUGCAUAAUAACUAAAAGUAGAAUUAUAAAUGAAAGAUGAAAUAAUAUUAAAAUUAGAAACAUAGAAAAUAAAAGCAAACCAAUAAGAUAAUUAUAUGAGUAAUUCAGAAAUGUAAUAUAAAAUUAAAUUGGAGAGAGUAGAAGAAUAACAUAAAGGAUUCUUGGAAGAAAUUGAUAAAGUAAUGGUUGAGUAAGAAUAAGAAAAUGAAUAGUUAAAAAAAUAAUUGGCUCAUAUUAUGAUUGAAUUAGAAGAAUCUAAAAAUAGAGAAGAAUUUCUGAAAUAAGAGAUUCUAAUAUUAACAUAAAAAUUACAUAAAAUAGAUAUUGAAUUAUAAAAGGCUUAAUCUAAUGUAAUUAUUUUGUUAUUUAAAUUAUAGAAUACAAAUCUGAAAAAUUAAUAAUCUAAAGAUAUAAUAAAAGAUUAAUAAUUAUAAGAAAUAACAUUUAGGAAUUGUGCACUUAUAUAGGUAAGUAAAGAAAAAUAGAAUUAAUAAUGGAGAUCUGAAUUAUAAUAAAUUACUUCAUAAUAUGCUAAUAGAUUAGAAGAAGUUAAAAGAUUUGAAAUGUAUCAUUCAGGAAAAGAAAAUGAAAAUAUACAUGAAGAAAAAUUAAAAAUUGAUGAUUUAACUUCCUAAAUUAAAUAAUUAAAAUUUGAAUCAACAAUUAAUCAAGAUAAAUAAUCUAAAUUAAAUUAAAUUAUCAACUAACUUAAUUAAUAAAUAUUGAAGUUAAAUUAAUAAAGAGAUUUUGAAAAUCUACAUAAUUUACAAUAAAUUAAAUAAUUAGAAAAUGAUAAAUUUGAAAUUACUUUUCUAUUAGAAUAAUCAGAAAUCAAAUUUAAAUAAUUAAAUCAACAAUUAGAAGUUAAUUUAUAAAAUUAUUGUAAAUUAUAAGAAGAAAACAUUGAAUUAAAAUAAUAAAUUCUAAUAAUACAAGAAUAAUUUGAUAAUCUUAAAAAUACUUCAUAAUAAUUGUUAUAAUAAUCAAAUAUUGAAAAAUAAAUACUUAAAUAAUAAAAUGAAGAGUAUCAUUUAAAACUCUAAUAGGUUUUAAUUAAUAAUAAAGAUAUACAUUUAUAAUCCAAACUAGAAAAUAGUAGUAUGUAAUUAAAUAAAACAUUAAAAAUUGAUUUUUUAAAUACUUAAUUAUAAUCUAAUGAAUAAAACUUUGAUAUUGAAUUAAAAAAAUCUAUGACAGUAUCAGGAUAGAAUGAAGGUUAAAUUGUCAUUGAAAUGUAAAUGAGAAUUCAAUAACUUGAAGAUUAUAUUGAAAAAUUAUAAAAUCAAAUUUAAUAAAAAGAAAUACAAGAAAAGACUACUUGUUAUUUAACAAUUUAAAAUUUAUUGGAAGAACUUGUUAUUUAAGUAGAAUAAAAUAUUUAGAUUACAGAUAAUACAUUUAAAAAUAAGUAUUCAUUAUGAUUUAUUAAUUUAUAGUAAUGGCAAUAAUUAAAUAUUCGAUAACCAGGUUAAUUUAGUAAAGAGACUAGAUACUUAAAACACAUUGGAUGUAAAUUAAUUAGUUGAAAGUUUAUUUAUUGAUUCUAGAUAAUAAGAUUAGCAUAUAACAGCAGAAUGUGAUGAAUUUAAUGAUUCAGUAAUUGAAUAUUAAUUACAAUAAUUUGAUUAAGAAGAGUAACAGAAUCAAGUUUAAUUCAAUAAUUGCAAUAAAAAACUAUAACCAACAUUUUCAUUUAGUUAAGAAUAAAAAAAUAUUGAUUGUCCAAGUUUUAAAAAUAAUUCAUUUCGAAAUUAAAAUUAACAAAUAUUCGCAGAUGAAAUUAAUUUUAAGAUUGGUAUUAAUGAUUCCUUUAAGCAGAGUAUAUUCAAUUUAUAAGUAGAUUCCAAUUCUAGUUAAUAAAAUAAAAAUAAAACUAAUGAUUACAAUAAAGAAGUCGUUUUGAGGGAGCAAUAAAAUGAAAUGAAAUCUAAAUAAAUAAAAAAGUAAUUUUAAUAGUAUAAAAAGAAUUGAAGGAGAAGAUUUAUAAUAAGUAAUUAAAUAUAUGUCUUAAUUACUCAAAGAUCAAUAUAAAAAGGAAUCUAAAAAUGAUUGCAAUACAUUGGAUACUUUGAGAUCAUCAAUGCUAGAUUUUAAUAACUUAUGUAAUACCUUAACAACUUACUUUUCAUGA